GAUUGCUGUCUUCUGCUGGCCACGGUGCACGCUCCAGAGUUAGUCAAAUCAAGUCGACCUUUUCACUUUUCCCACCAUGGCGUCAACUGCAUUAAGAUCAGUGCUGAGGACUAAGGUCUCUUUUAAUGUUGGCCGUAUGUGUUACUCCUCCUCAAUGCCAACUAUUAAACUUUUCAUUGAUGGAAAGUUUGUUGAAUCCAAGUCUUCAGAAUGGCUUGAUAUUCACAAUCCUGCUACCAAUGAGGUGAUUGCCCGAGUACCAAAAGCCACCCAGGAGGAGAUGCUGGCCGCUGUAGAGUCCUGCUCCAGAGCAUUUCGCUCCUGGUCUGAGACCUCCAUCCUGGCUCGGCAGCAGAUCUUUCUGCGCUAUCAGCAGCUCAUCAAGGACAACAUUAAAGAACUUGCCAAAGCCAUAACAUUGGAACAGGGCAAGACCCUUGCAGAUGCAGAGGGGGAUGUGUUUAGAGGAUUGCAGGUUGUGGAGCAUGCCUGCAGCAUCACUUCCCUGAUGCUUGGUGAAACUCUCCCCUCCAUCACCAAAGACAUGGACACUUACACUUACCGGUUGCCUAUUGGGGUGUGUGCCGGCAUUGCACCAUUUAACUUUCCUGCCAUGAUCCCGCUCUGGAUGUUCCCUAUGGGUAUGGUGUGUGGCAACACAUACCUGCUGAAGCCUUCAGAGCGGGUGCCAACCUGCACCAUGCUGCUGGCUAAGAUGCUGCAGGAUGCCGGCGCUCCAGAUGGAACACUAAACAUCAUCCACGGGCAGCAUGAUGCUGUGAAUUUCAUCUGUGACAAUCCAACCAUCAAGGCAAUCAGCUUUGUGGGCUCAAAUCAAGCUGGAGAGUAUAUUUAUGAGAGAGGCUCUAAAAAUGGAAAAAGGGUUCAGUCCAACAUGGGUGCCAAGAACCAUGGUGUGGUGAUGCCUGAUGCCAACAAGGAGAACACUCUGAACCAGCUUGUGGGUGCAGCGUUUGGAGCAGCAGGACAGCGCUGCAUGGCCCUGUCCACGGCCAUCUUGGUGGGUGAAGCACGGAGCUGGUUGCCGGAGCUGGUGGAACGUGCCAAGGCUCUGCGAGUGAAUGCAGGAGACCAGCCUGGUGCAGAUGUGGGGCCACUGAUAUCUCCCCAGGCCAGGGACAGAGUGUGCAGUUUGAUCCAGAGUGGUGUGGAUGAGGGUGCCAAGCUGCUCUUGGAUGGCCGGAAUGUCAAGGUCAAAGGUUACGAGAACGGCAACUUUGUAGGACCCACCAUCAUCGGCAGUGUCACACCCGAGAUGAAAUGCUACACUGAAGAGAUUUUCGGACCUGUGCUGGUUGUUCUUGAGGCAGAAACUCUUGAUGAUGCCAUCAGUUUGGUCAACAAGAACCCCUACGGCAAUGGCACAGCCAUCUUCACCACAAAUGGUGCCACGGCACGCAAAUAUACUCAUGAGGUGGAUGUGGGCCAGGUUGGAGUCAAUGUACCAAUCCCUGUGCCUCUGCCAAUGUUCUCCUUCACUGGAUCAAGAGGAUCCUUCAGAGGAGACAUGAAUUUCUACGGGAAACAAGGAAUCCAGUUCUACACUCAAAUCAAAACUGUAACAUCACAAUGGAAAGCUGAAGAUGCCACCUUGAAAAGUCCUGCGGUUACCAUGCCAACAAUGGGAAGAUAAAUACUUAAUCUUCAAAGAGCUUCUGAGGAGAAUUUAGGCGACCUUCUCCCAUGAAAAACAGACUUAUAGAAUAGAAAAGUUCAUGAACAGACAAAAUACCACCUGUAAGACUCUAUUUCAUCUAUAUGUACAGAUUUUGUGUAAAUGUCCAUCACUGGCAGAUUUUAAGUGCAAAAGAUCUGUACAGAUGAGGUAACGUCAUAGGAUCAAUGUCAGUUCAUAAAAUACAAAACCAGUAUUAAAACUCUUGUAAAUACAUUUUUUUGCGCAAACUCUCCACAAAUAUUUGUAUAUAUCUGUUAACAGAAUUCAAGCAAACUUAAUAUAUGACAGAAAGUACAGACACACUGUAUGCAUGCAUGGUCAAAUAUUUAAAACACUACACAACUUGUAUUCUGCUACACUCAUCACUGAGACUCUAUGGGUAAAGCAAAAGCAAACAAUUCAAACUGUGAUAUGAUAUGCAGAGGCUCCAUCGAGGUCAUGUGGUGUACAUAUCCGGCAGGCUGUUUGAGGUUGAGGCCAGAAUGGACUCAGGCGCCUUGGGGCUGAUGGUUGCCGGGCAGAGCUUGUCUCUAAUUCUAGAAGACAGUCAUCAUUGUGCAACGCUAAAAUGCAACCGUCUUGAUAAAUCACAUGUAGGCACUGACGUUCUUGCAGCCGCUGCUGUUUCAGCUAAACAUGCAAUGUGGGACCAAUAAAUCUGCACAGGCUUGUAAAUUGCAA